CCUCGUGUGGCUUUUUCACUGACAGUUACAGUUAGUGCAAUUUACGGAUACCUUCCGACGACAAAACACAUUUUUACCGCCGUCAAGUAUCCGUUGCAUUUACAGUUACUGUUAAUCCAACGCAGUCCAUUGUCACCGUUGUCCAACAUGCUUUGGAAACGAGCGUCUACCCGGACGUUUAUCGUCUUACUGCACCUGCUCACGUACCGAGCGGGCGCCUUUGCUUCCUUGUCAUCCCGGCAGGCUUCGUAUCGAAGUCGCGGUCCCUUGGUUCCUUCACAAUCCACACAGCGAGGUCGAGUGCUGACUACCACCACCGAAUCUUCCGGAGACGUCCCUCGCGGUGGAGACUUGCCCCGCCGGAUCCCCGACCUCCCAACGCUUGCGGAUUAUCGCAAGUUCGCGCUGCCCUGUCUCGCCCUGUGGAUCGCAGGGCCCUUGCUGAGCCUCGUCGAUACUUCGUUCAUUGGACUUUCGGGAUCCCCGGACCUCUCGGCGAACAAUUUGGCUGCGCUGGGACCCGCGACAACCUUCUUUGACGGCGCGACCUACUUAUUCGCCUUUUUGAACGUCGCCACCACGAACCUGUACGCGUCCGCUCGAUCGCAGUCGGGCCCCAAUAGUCCCGAAGCCGAAUCCGUCGUCCGUACCGCCUCUAGAGUAGCGGUCAACUGUGGAAUUGGAAUCAUGUUCUUCCUACUCGCCUUUGCCCGACCCCUCCUCAAGCUUUACAUGGGCGACAAGGCAGCCAGUACUCCGGGACUGCUCGAUGCCGCGACGGAUUACGUCUUGAUUCGGGCCCUCAGUAUGCCCACUUCUCUAUUAUUGGGCGUCUUACAAGCCGCCUUAUUGGGUGCCAAAGACUCCGUUACUCCGUUAAUCGCCAUUCUGUACGCCACCGUUGUCAACAUAUUUGGUGACUUUAUUCUCGUCAAUCGUCUCCAGAUGAGUCUGAAAGGGGCCGCGAUUGCCACGACACUGGCGCAGUGGGCAUCCACGGCCGCUUUGAUUGCACCCGCGCGUCGCAAUCUCGUCAAGGAUCAUUCCCUGGGAUUGGUGCGCAAACCAAAACCUUUUCCGGGCGGAGUCACGGGACGAACUUUUCUGGCAUUCGCCGCGCCCGUCUUGACUUUGAUUCUAGGAAAGCUCGCGGCCUUUGGCUUCAUGACGAAUGCGGCGGCGGGCGUUCCGGGACAGCCCACACCGUUGGCCGCCCAUCAAAUCAUUCUCAGUUUACUCUUUUUCUGCAGUCCGUUCCUCGAAGUCAUUAGCCAGACAGCACAAACCUUCUUGCCCUCCUACUUGGCUCCUAUUUUUGAACACAUGGACAAACUCCGCAAGCGCAAUCCCGACUACAAGCCCGAGGAAGAUCCGGCCGUAGAGCCGUGGUUGAACACGUCCAAACUGGUGGCUACACGUUUGUUGGGCAUUGGUAUGGUGACGGCGGCUGUCGUGGCAAGCAUCGUUUCCCUCAUUCCGGCUUUUUUUGGUAACUUGAUCACGUCCGACUUGACGGUACAACAGGCCGUCAAGCCUUUGGCGAAGUACUUGUGGAUGGGUGCCUUCUUCUGGGCCCCCGUGGCGGUUUGCGAAGGUGUCUUGUUGGCGCGUCGGGAGUUGUCUUUUCUGGCCAGUAUUUACUUGGUCAGUACCGCUUUGUUGCCGCCCGUCUUGCUGCGCAUCAAAUUUCGUGGGGGAACGGUUGGUCAAGUAUGGGCUUGCUUUGCCAUCUUUCAGCUGUUCCGAGCGGCCUGUUUUAUUGGUCGUAUUUGGGGACCUGGUCUGGUACACCGCGUUCUGGGACGCCGGCAACCGCUUCCGGCGACCGACAGGGGCUCCUAA